AUGGAAGUCAUCGACGAUGCAGAUGUUUGCUCCUCCGGUUCGGAGGCCGUUGUCGUGGAGGAAGAGAAUCAGGAGCAUGCCAAAGAGCAUGCUAGCAAGAAUGCUGACCAGAAGAGUUCCCGACACAAGCGGGAUGCGCUGCGAGAGAAGUCCAGGCAGAAGCGCGUUCACGCGCAGUUGGAGGCCAAGCUGCAGACGAUGCCCCUGCCCCCGGGCUGGGUCCGUGUGGCUUCCAAAUCCAAGCCCGGAGCCUUCUACUACGCACACCCGGCCACGAAGCGCACUCAGGCGCACCCGCCGGCGACGAUGUACGAGGGCCUUCCCGAGCCUUCCAAAGUCCUGACGCCUGUCAGGGACAUCGUGCAGGAUGCGGCAGAUGCGGCUCGCAAGGCAGAGGCCAAGAAGAAGGAGCGGGAGGCUGAGGACGGCCGUCUCGGCAGGGUGGAUUUGGCUGUGCUGAUCUCCUGGAGCUAUCUCGCUGAGGAGAAGGCCCGACUUGCCGCAAAGGAGGAGGCGGCGCGCAUGCGGCGAAAACGCGAUGAGGAGGCCGCCGCAGACGAGGAGGUGAUACGCAAAGCGAGGGAGAAGAGGGCCUUGGCCCCCAAGGAGAGCUUCGAAGAGGCGCAGGCUCCGGAGCGGAAAGAGAAGCGGAAGGCCACAGGCGUCCGUUUCGACACGGCGAAGGGAGCGCAGGACGAAAACGGCUCGCCCUUGGCCGGGAGCGACUCCGAGGAGCUGGACCUCUAUCGCCUGAGGGACCAGUUCCGCGCCAAGGUUGCAGCCACCUCCGCGCCGGUCUUCGAUGACUUGGAGGAGGCAGGUCUGGGCCGUUGGGUUGGAGGCGUCGUCCAUGGGUGGUUUGCAGGGAAGAAGGCGCUGGAUCGAGGGUGCCUGGAGGAAGCAGAGGAGGGUUGCAAUGGAGGGUGUUUGGAUGGAGGGAACUGCGUGGAGGAGGAAAGGAAGCAGUUUAAGAAACUGAAGAAGAGCCUUUUCCAAAUGAUCUUCACGUGUCGAUGCAGGGGUCGUAAGCCAAGCAGAAGCCAGCGAUCUCAUGACGUACCACCUGUCUGA